GCACACACCCAGAAUUAGUAGCCAAUCAACACCGUCCUCCAAACAAUGCUGAUGGAACUCUCACUGGGAAUGAGAAUGAGGCUGCGUCACCCAAUGCCAGCAGAUUCCACCGAGUGGUGAAGGGAGGGACACAGAUACAGCCAUGCACAGACUGCUCACCGCAAGAGAAUACUUCUGAGCAUCCUUCUCCUUCAAGGUCUCCUCUCCUCCUUAAACCUCAAGAGCGAGGACAGGAAGCGACAUCAAUGGAGCAGAACGACAAGGACACAUCGGAUGCUGAGAAGCAGCAAACGAAUGGCCGAACGGAAGAAGAGCCUCGAGAGAUGACGACGCCUGAAGAGCCGGCGAAACCAAGGGAGAAUAAUUCAGAUUCAAAUGAACAAGAAAAUAGUGAGAGCGAUGCGGAGAAGAAUGAAGAAGAAACGAGUGUGAGCAAUGGAGAUGAAGAGGAAGAUACCAACGAAGAAGAGGAAGGCAAAGAGGAAGAGGAGGACGAACUGGGCGAUAGUUUUCAGCCUUCGGUUGAGAUGUCUGUCCAGCUUUUUGAAAAGGACAAGGGGGACAUCAACCGUCCCAUUAACAGGUACAACACGGUCAGCUACAGGAAGAUUAAGAGAGGAAACACAAAGCAGAGAAUCGAUGAGUUCGAGUCCAUACUGGAUGUAUAACAGUGAAGGCACCUUUUCAUGUGGUUCCUUCAAAAGUAUGUGAUCGUUAAACUUCUUCGUAGUUAUAAGGCUUAACGCAUGCUCACGCUCAAUCACAUGAACAGUAUUUUCUGACAGCUUCAUUUCAGCCUAUGUCACCUUUUAGUAAAAGCGCAUUUGUAGAAGCGUCAAGACAACUGUCUAAUCUCUGAUUGUAAGUAAACCCCCCCCAUUUGGUAGCGAGCUGGAAAACAACAUUCAUUUGUCCGCAAAUGAGAUAUCUUAUUCAUGAAAGCUCCUUCAAAUAACACUCAGUCCGUCUGACCAAUGCAGGCCUGAUCUCUGCCGUGUCAGUUGUCAAAUCAUCAUUAAUAAAUCACUGAAAGAGCUUACAGUAAGUAUACAAUGCCAUGGGCAUUAUUGUAUUCCUGUUUAAAAUUUGAACUCUAACGUAAAUCUAAUGUAAAGUUUCUAAUGUUGCGUUUAUGCUUUGUAAAACACGGUCACACAUUUUAAAACACACCAAUAGACAUAAUAGCAAUAACUGUUAUCAUAUUCAAAAUUGUAUAUGUAAUGUCUGUUAUUAUAUCUUUGGACAAUUAGUAGUUUACAUGGUUUUCUAUAAUGGCUUCAUUUCUUCAUUUCACGGAAACUGCGUUCAUGUAAUAUGUAAUAGUCGAUGUACUCAUGUCAAAGUUGUCAUGGCUUUCUUUUUGGGUCUGUUGAGGUCAAAUAAAAUCUGUGCAAUAAUUGGC